GCCCAGCACCUCUGCCUGAGCAGGCCUCUUCCCAGUGGAACAUCUCUGGGGUCCCCCCUUCGCCCAGCACAGAGGCUCACUCACAGAUGCCGCCUGAGGGCCAUCCUGCCUGCUGACCCCGACUGAGGGUGACCACAGCUCUCUGCACAGCGGGUCUGUGUGGGGUGGGUAGGGCAGGGUGCUGCCCACUGACCUUCCACUCUCUCCAGGCACCAUGCCAGAGGCGUCCGCCCCAGGAAUGUGGGAGCCGGGGCAGGGCUCCCUGUACACACUCUUCGCUGACCGCUCGGUGGUCAGACAGCUGGACCAGCUGGGUAUCCACAACGGGCUGGACUGGUCCCUGGACCACCGCACUCUCUACCACGUGGACAGCCUGGACUACUCUGUGCGGGCCUAUGACUACGACGUGCAGACAGGAGGCCUGGCAAACCCACGGCUGGUGUGCCAGCUGGAGCCAGAGCAAGGCAUGCCAGAUGGGCUGAGUGUGGACACCACAGGGACACUGGGUGGCCUGCAUUGACGGAGACAGGGUGAUCCGCAUGGA